AUGGUGCCUUACAUACAUAGAUGCCCACACGCCCUCUUCGUACGCUCCACUCACACCAACAAAACUACAGGCAAAUAUUCUUUGAUUGAAACUAUAUUUGACAAGGUGUUUCAGAUCCAAAGAGCUAAUCCACUUUAUGUAUUUUUUUCCAAAGCGACUGUAAUACCGAAUGUUCGUACUAAGACUGUAAGUGUACGUGAUAGUAACGUUACAUUUGGCGUCGAUCAACGUAAUGCGAGUAUUGAAAAUUUACGAUGGGCGAAGAACGGAAAUUACAACAUAGAAUGGGACAACUUGACGGAGAUUUCGUUAGAAAAUAUUACAUUGGAUGAUGCCGGGGUUUAUGAAUGUUAUGUAAAUGGCACACGGGAUGAAGGAAAACACGCUUUCAUGCAGUUGAUAGUAAGAGAAUGUCCACAUAACAAGUGGUCUCCACCUAACUGUACCAUGGAUUGUGAGGUAUGCUACAACGGAGGAGUAUGUCAUACAGACAUCGGAACCUGUAUAUGUCCUUCAGGAUUUACCGGAGCUAGUUGCGAAACAU